UUUAUAUUUAUUUUUAAAUCAAUUUAUCAACACUUUAGUGCCACUUUUUAAUUCAACAACGCGUGGAUUAAAACUUAUUCAAAACUUCCAAACUCUAUAUAAACCCCCCAAGACCUUAGGACUCAUACACCAAUACAAAUUAUUUGACAAUUGUUAAAGUCAUAGAAAAUUGAAGUGCUAUAAUGGCUACUAAUCAAGAAGAUGUCAAGCUUUUGGGAACUGUGGGAAGCCCAUUUGUGUGCAGGGUACAAAUUGCUCUCAAAUUCAAGGAAAUUCAAUACAAAUUUCUUGAACAAAAUUUGUUCGACAAAAGUGAAUUACUCCUCAAAUAUAAUCCAGUUUAUAAAAAAGUUCCAGUUUUUGUUCACAAUGAACAGCCUAUUUCAGAGUCCCUUGUGAUUCUUGAGUACAUUGAUGAGGUUUGGAAUCAAAACCCCAUUUUGCCCUCUGAUCCUUAUCAAAGAGCAUUGGCUCGUUUCUGGGCUAAGUUCAUUGACGACAAGAUUGUGAGUUCUUCAUUUAAAGCUGUUUUUACGGUUGAUGAUGAGAAAGAGCGUGAAAAGAAUGUUGAAGAAUCAAGUGAGGCUCUAAAGAUUCUUGAGAAUGAGUUGAAGGACAAGUUCUUUGGAGGAGAAGAGUUUGGAUUUGUUGAUAUUGCUGCUGUGUUCAUAGCAUUUUGGAUCCCUUUGGUUCAAGACAUAACAGGGUUGCAAUUGUUCACUGCUGAGAAGUAUCCAAAACUUCACAAUUGGAGCCAAGAAUUUCUCAACCAUCCAGUUGUGAAGGAAAAUUUGCCUCCUAGAGAACCUCUUUUUGCAUUUUUCAAAGGUCGCUAUGAGAGCCUCAUUGCUGCAAAACAGACUUAGAAUUUCAAGUUUGCAGACUUUCGUUAUCUGUCAUUGAGUUUUUUUAUGUUAGGGAUUUCUCCAUGUUAAAGAAAUUCAAUAAUAUUGUUGUCAUUUUUCAUAUUUCAAUCAAUAAAGAAAAGAGUAUUGCUCAAUCCUAAUGGUUAUUUGAAGCAUUGAAUAUGACUGAUGCGAUAUUAAUUGCAAUAGCAGAACAUCAAAAACCUGUUGUGUUGAGGUUGCAGAAAUUUUUGACACUGAUUUGCAUAUUAAAAUUCAUAUUAGGAGAGGUUGAGCAAAAAAAGAAAGAUAUCAGAUUAUAGCUAGAGUGGUAAAUAUCUCCUUUUCCUUGUGGUAGACAGAAGACAAUUGUCAGUGCCAAAGCAGAAGUUGUAAUGGUAUGUUAGUGAUCAUAGAUUCAUAGUUCUAACAGAGAUGUUCGUUUGGAAAAAAUUAGCUGUCUGGUUUGUAUUUGUUGCAUUCAUGGUUUGAGUAGGGAUAAUAACUUGCUGUCAUAAAAGAGAGCAAAAUUAAAAUUUAGAAGGAGGCCUAUUGAGUUCUAUAGUGAUGGUAGAAACUGUGAGGGACAACUUUGGAACAACUAUUCAUGCGGUAUGCUGAAUACUAAAAGUAGAUAACAGAAACUAAGCCUGCUGACUGGUGGUGAAAAUGGGGCAAACUACUGCUUUUGUAAUGAAAGAAGAAAAGACUAUUAAUCAUGUAUUCUUUUACUGAAUAUACAGUUGAAAAGUUUGGAUGGAUAUAAUUAAUUGGUGGGACGUGAAGAUGCCGAUAACAUCAAGCCCGUGAUAAUAGUUCGAUUGAUGCCGAUAACAUCAGACCAUUUUAGAAGUUGUGGAUAUGUCUAUGCUUUGGAGUUUUCUCGUUGUUAUGGGCCAACAAAAUAGAGGUGUUUCUAAAAAUUGCUCAACAGAUUGGGAGCAACUACUGUUCCUUACUAAACUAAGACUAAGAUUUUGGAUGAAGGGAUGGAACUUGGAGACUUGGAGUAUCCUUUUACUCCAAGUGCAAUACUUUCAAAUAUUGAAGGUGUAACAAGCUGGCACCAAGCAAAAGAUAACAAGAACAUGCUCAGUUGGUUUCCUCCACCAUCAAAUACUUGGAAAUCGAAUGUGGAUGGUUCGUCGAAAAGUACAUUGGGCCCAAAGGAUAUAAGUGGUGUUCUUCAAAAUGAAUGCUAUGAGGUUUUGUUGUGUUUCUGCUGGUAUGUGUGAACUCUAUUGAUGAUUAACUUGCUUCUGUAGCUGCUGUUUUUUUUUUCUCUGUUUAUUCUUUUAUGUAUGUGUUGUGCUAAUCUAUAUUCAAGCUAGUCCUUGUAUUGCAGUUGAUGAUUGUAUCUAAACUGCUCUUCUGGUG